ACAUCAAAAUAAAAUUAACUAUUUUUAUCAAAAAAAAUCAUCACGUCCAUUCACAAUGCCAUUACCAGCGGCUUUACAAGCAAGACUGGCUAAGCGAGGAUUAAUAAAGUCAAAAGAAAACGUCGGAGCCAAAGAAAACUCUGGUCAAACUAUUUCUACCGAUGUCCGUGCUGAGAAAUCACCAAAUGUCUCCAAUCCAUAUCAUGAAACUGUGGAGUUAAGUGGGAAACGGACUGUUGCCUUCGAUGGUAACCAGCAAGGUGAUUAUGAACAAUUACCUGUCCCUCCUGGUUGGUUUCUGGUGCCAGAAAAAACUGUGGGUGCUAGCUAUUACUGGAAUCCAAUGACAAAUCAAGUGACAUGGUUGCAUCCUUUGAAUCCUAAAGCUCAAAUAACAAACCCUAUUUCAGGAGGAGAUAGAGAAAUCAUGCCAAACACUAUUAUUCCAUCUCCAUUGGCGAGUGGCGAUGAUAAAGAACAACUAUUUAAUGUUGGUCGACAUCCCAGUUUAGUUAAGGGAUCACAGAAAAAAAUGCAAGCUGCAGUAAAAAGGAAACAGCAAGAACAAGAGGCCCGUGCAAAGAAGAAAAAAACAGACGAUCUUGACCCUCUAGAUCCUGCCGCAUACUCAGAUGUCCCAAGGGGAACAUGGUCUACUGGUUUAAUUGAAAAAGGAGAAGCUAAAACAGGAGUUGAUACAACAGCCAAUGGACCUUUGUUUCAGCAGCGACCAUAUCCAAGUCCUGGGGAAGUGCUUAGGCAAAAUGCUGCCAUCAAAUGAUACCUUGGUUAUAUGCUGGCUUGGACAAAAUCUCCAUCUUGUUUUGUUCUUGAACUUUGAAAUGUGUAUAUAAUAUUAUGCCAAAUAAAGUCAUUAGUACUCCAAUGGUUUGAUUAAAAGAGAUUGGAUCUUGAAACAAUAUUACACCACCAACCAAAGUGAUACAAAAUUUUAAGUGUCCAACCAUAUUAUAUUUGUGUAAGGUUAAGGAAAUGUUAAACACUGUCGUUAUACUGUAUUUGCAUUUCAAAAUUGCUAAUUCAUGUUCAUUUCAAAAGGAUAUGUUACAGGAGAAGUAUUUCCAAUUAUCCAGUAUAUUGAUAAAUUCACAGAAAAAGCUAAACUUCCAGAUAAAAUUACAAAGAUCUGAAAUGGAAAUAACAAUGAAAUUUCCUACAGUGCAAGAAAACCUGUUAUAGUCUACAAUGAAUUGAUAAUGACUUACAAUAGCUGAUGGUGGCCAAUGUGUUAAUAAUCCACCUGUUUUUAAUGGUGGUUCCCACCAAGGGAAUAUAAGUGAGAGUACCAAUGCUGACAAUGGUGCCUAUGUUUUGUAAUUAUUUCAUGUUUAAUUAGAUAAAACAAUAUUUAGUA